UCUGUGAGGUGGUGGGGCCCGACACCCAGACAGAAUUCCCUGUGCCUCGCCCUGCCUCCCUUCUCCUCCUCACUCUGGCCUGGAUCCCAGGUGGCCUUGACCUUUCUCAGCUUGGCCAGCAGGCCAGAGAGAGUGUGUAUGUCUAAGGUGGGGGUUAUUCCAGGACCCGGUCUGGUGUCCAACCUGAUGUGGUCACUCUGGCCUGGCAGGGUCAUCAACGCUGGCAAGAGCCGGCACAACGAGGACCAGGCUUGCUGUGAGGUGGUGUAUGUGGAAGGUCGGAGGAGUGUGUCAGGGGCACCUAGGGAGCCUAGCCCAAGCCAGGGACUCUGCUUCUACUACUGGGGUCUGUUUGAUGGGCAUGCAGGGGGUGGAGCUGCUGAAAUGGCCUCCAGGCUCCUGCAUCGCCACAUUCGGGAGCAGCUAAAGGACCUCGUGGAGAUACUCCAGGACCCCUCGCCACCUCCCCUCUGCCUCUCAUCCACCCCGGGGACCCCAGGUUCCUCGGAUCCCUCUCACUUGGUGGGUCCUCAGUCCUGCUGGCCUUCACAGAAGGAAGUGACCCACGAGAGCCUGGUAGUGGGGGCCAUUGAGAAUGCCUUCCAGCUCAUGGACGAGCAGUUGGCCCAGGAGCGGCACGGCCACCACGUGGAGGGGGGCUGCUGUGCUCUGGUUGUGGUCUACUUGCUGGGCAAGGUGUACGUGGCCAAUGCAGGUGACAGCAGAGCCAUCAUUGUCCGGAACGGUGAAAUCAUUCCAAUGUCUCGGGAAUUCACCCCGGAAACGGAGCGCCAGCGUCUUCAGCUGCUGGGCUUCCUGAAACCAGAGCUGCUGGGUGGUGAGUUCACCCACCUCGAGUUCCCCCGCAGAGUUCAGUCCAAGGAGCUGGGCCAGAGGAUGCUGUACCGGGACCAGAACAUGACCGGCUGGGCCUACAAAAAGAUCGAGCUGGAGGAUCUCAGGUUUCCUCUGGUCUGUGGGGAGGGCAAAAAGGCUCGAGUGAUGGCCACCAUUGGGGUAACCCGGGGCUUAGGUGACCACAACCUCAAGGUCUGCAGUUCCAGCCUGCCCAUCAAGCCCUUCCUCUCCUGCUUCCCAGAGGUACGAGUGUAUGACCUGACACAGUAUGAGCACUGCCCCGAUGACGUGCUCGUGCUGGGGACGGAUGGUCUGUGGGAUGUCACCAGUGACUGUGAGGUAGCUGCCACUGUGGACAGGGUGCUGUCGACCUAUGAGCCCAAUGACCCCAGCAGGUACACAGCUCUGGCCCAAGCUCUGGUCCUAGGGGCCCGGGGCACCCCCCGGGACCGUGGCUGGCGUCUCCCCAACAACAAGCUGGGUUCCGGGGAUGACAUCUCUGUCUUCAUCAUCCCCCUGGGAGGGCCAGGCAGUUACUCCUGAGGGCUUCAGCCCCUGACCCACCACCAUCCCAGCCUCUCCAUGCUUAAUCCUCUCCCAACCCGAAUUCUGAACUUGUCCCUCCCCCUGACCUUCUUUAGUGGCAAUUUAACUGAAGAAGGGGUGUCCAUUAGAUCCAAAAUUACAGUUACUGGCAAAUAAACCAGAUGGAUAAA